AUGCUAUGUGUACUAUUGAAUUGCAUAUUCUUUCAAGCAGUAGCAAAUUUAGAAAAUGAGAGAUUUACAACAGAAAGUCACGAAGAUUUAAUUCUACAAAAGCAAUUACUACGCCCUAAUUUUCAAUAUUAUAAACAACUUAUCAACAAUGUUUUAUCCACUGUCGCAGAAAUUACAGUUGCUCAGCCAACUAUGGUUGAUCAUUGUCGACAAUAUUUUUCAUACUAUAAAACUGAUUUUAUUUAUAUAAAAAAAUUUGCAAAAACGUAUACACCCGCACAAGCAGUAUAUUGGUACACAAAAGAUUGUUUUAUUCACCGAAGCAUCAAUGCAGUAUUACGUACCGGAAAUAUCGAGGAAUAUUAUUUGUUGCGCUUUUAUAUAUCUGGUUUGAGUAAGCAACUUUAUCAAUUUAAGUAUCAACAACAGGGGGAUAUUUUAAUAUCGAAUACACCUACUAUUCUAUACCGCGGUCUAAGACAAUCAGAAGCAGAUCUUAAAAUUCUUCAAAGUCUUGUUGGUCGUGUUAUUUUGACAAAAGGUUUUAUGUCAACCAGUCAUUAUAAAAAUAUUGCUCUUUGUUAUGCUGGAGCAUCUGAUCCACAAAGUCUUCAAUCACAAGCAUUACUUCUCGAAAUAUAUGUUAAUAUGAGAGAUCCAGAUAUAAUUGCAGCUGAUAUAGCUCAUUUAAGUAAUUUCCCUGAGGAACUUGAAGUUCUUUUUGAUUUUGGUUGUCAUUUUCGAAUAGAAUCAAUGACAUAUGACUUAUCAGAUUCAGUUUGGCAUUGCCGAUUAGUAGCAAUAUCAAAUAAAUCUCAAAUGAUUUAA